AUGGACGUUAAUUCUUUAGAAGAAAAAGUACGUCGUAAGGAAGUCCUAGAGCUCCAAGAAAUGCGCUUACUUUUAAGUACCGUGAUGGAUAUUCUCAUUGAUGAAAGUAAUGUGCCGAAUGUGCCAUUACCGGUUACAAUAUGUGGUGAUAUUCAUGGUCAAUUUCCAGAUCUUUUACACCUUCUCGCUCUUGCGGGAGAGAUUGGUGCAACGAGUAUGCACUAUGUCUUUCUAGGUGACCUAGUAGAUCGUGGAUUUAAUAGUGUAGAAGUGUUUACUUUCUUACUUGUGAUGAAAGUAAAGUACCCACGCAAAAUAACUCUCAUUCGUGGCAACCACGAGACACGCCAGGUGACGGCAACCUACGGUUUUUACGAUGAGUGCAAUAGAAAAUACAACACUACAGAAGUAUGGCGACACUGUACGGAAGUGUUUGAUUGCAUGCCAAUUGGAGCUCUGAUUGAGGGUCGGGGGUUAUGCAUUCACGGAGGUCUAUCGCCGCAGGUGCGGACGGUUGAUCAUAUUCGAUUACUUCAUCGCCAACAGGAAAUCCCAAAUGAAGGCGCUUUUGCAGAUCUUGUUUGGUCCGAUCCUGGACCUGGCAAUGGAUGGGGUGUCUCUCACCGUGGUGCUGGACACUUGUUUGGUGCUAAUGUUGCUCGCGAGUUUAUGUACCGCAAUGGGCUUAACCUCUUAACGAGAGCGCAUCAGCUGGUACAGGAGGGGUUUACAUACCAUUUUGAUGAAGAAUACGUGUGUACUGUGUGGUCAGCACCAAACUACUGUUACCGAUGCAAUAAUUUAGGGAGUGUUCUCCGAGUGCAUGAGGAUGAGUCACGCGAGUUCGUUGUAUUUAAUCAUGUGGAUCAACAAUAUGAUGAUGAUGAUCCUGAACAGAUGCACCCUAUUUAUUUCUUGUAG